AUGCAACCAUCCUGUUCUCAACUUCGAGAACGCCAAACAAAUGGUCCUUCUUUUGUUGACGAAACACUUUCAGUUGCUAGAAAGUACGUCCUAAUUCUUCGACAUUCUGCGGAAUGUCGCAAAAAGGAAUUAAAUGGGGUUCCAAAUCCUUGUCCUUUUGCUGUUUGCGCUCAGAUGCGUCAACUACUUUCCCAUAUUUGCACUUGCAAUCGUGGCAGCGACUGUACUUUUCGCCAUUGUGCAACCUGUAAACAACUAAAAAAUCAUUCUGAUCACUGUGAUGAUCCCCGUUGCGUGGUCUGUCCAUCGCGUUUCCCUCUUGACGGCUCUGCCACAGGCCGAUAUUCUUUUAAUGAUUGCAAUAGCAUUACACCGCAUAACCAGUCCUUUUUGCUGAAUGGGGGACAUAGUCAGGUGUAUCAUUCUAGUUCAACUCCAUGCGUCUCUGAAAUGCGGCCGAUGGCCAUUUCUACGAUUCCUCUUACAAACGGUUUUGACUGGCGUUUGGAAUACGAUGCGGCCAAACGUGAAGAAAUUGUUCGAAGCCAUGCUGGACAAGUUUUCCCCCCACCUACAUAUAACGACUGUCGCUCAGAAGCUGUAUUUACAUUAUUCAAGGAUCAAGAAAUGAAAAUGUUUAAAGAGUCCCUCACUGAGCAAGAUUACCUAUCAAGCCUACAAAGAUUCGUUGUCCGGCUUCAAAACGAGCUAAAACAUAAGUCUCGUAUUAAUCCUAAUGCUUUGGCCAAUGGAAAUUCGUCCUCGCCUGCUCGCGCAAAGGAGGACACUUUGUUUGAACAAAAAAAUCCGAGAUCUCAGCUGUUGGUUUUUUGCGACUCCAAUGCUAAGGUUCCGGAGUCUUCUUUCGAAGCAUCUAAUGGAUUGUCUCAAGACUGCACUGAUUCCAGUAACCGCCUAUGCAAGCAGCCCAUAACUGGACCACUCACCCCUUCCUGUGCAAGCGGCUCCUUGGUGUUAAAAAAGGACGAGUCUUUAGAUAUACCGAUCAAACCAGAACCUUCCGCAAAUUUGGAUUCGGGUCGACGGUGUACCUGGACUAAGGAGCAAUUGAAAGAAGCCUUCAUUCCUCUUGUUUUAAACAUAUCGAAUCAGGAACCUCACUCUGUUCAUUUCCGCACUCCGGUUCCUUUUGAGGAAUUGAAGCUGUCCGAUUAUCCAUCCAUCGUUCCCUUCCCAAUGGAUCUCUCGACUAUUGAAAAGAAACUAAAAAGUGGCCAGUACGUAGACCCAUGGGACGUCGUCGAUGAUUUUUGGUUAAUGUUCAACAAUGCCUGGCGAUAUAAUAGGAAAAAUUCCAAGAUAUACAAGGCUUGUUCUAGGUUAUCUGAAAUAUUUGAAGGUAUUGUUGAUCCCUUGAUGCAAAAACUGGGAUUCUGUUGUGGGCAUGCCUACGUCCACCAUCCUCACGUUCUAACCUGUCUUACCGACAAAUCCUGUAACAUUAAUCGUGACGAUAUUUACUACGUUUAUGAGACUAAGGAAAAAAAUCAGAAGAAGGAAUUAUUAGAUAAGUAUAUUGUUUGUGAAAAGUGCUACCAAAAUGCCGGCAGCACUAUUACGAUUGAUGAUCAAAGCUCGCCUGUGCACCUUAGAAAAAACCUUUUCGAAAAACAGGUGAACAAUACGAUUGUUAAUGAAAAGUUUGUCAACUGUCGAGAAUGUGGCCGAAAAUGGCACAAAGUUUGUGCCUGUCAUAUGGAUGAAAUUUGGCCUAGCGGUUUUGUUUGCAAUACAUGCAGGAAGAUGUAUGGAAUUUGUCGCUCACCUAAUCGUUUCACCGCGAAGCGUUUGCCAACGUGCAAGUUAAGUGACUUUCUAGAAAAACGCGUUAACGAUUUCAUGAAAAAGAACGAAUCACAAACAAACGAGGUUAUUAUUCGCGUUCUUGCUAGUGCCAAUAAAACUGUGGAAGUUAAGAAAUACAUGCGCGAGAUUUUCUCUGACAGCGGCAAGUUUCCAGAGUCGUUCCCCUAUCGCGCAAAAGUAAUUUUCGCCUUUCAAGAAUUAGACGGGCAAGAAGUUUGCUUUUUUGGUCUUUAUGUGCAGGAGUACUCCUCCGAUUGUCCUGCGCCAAAUAAGCGGCGAGUUUAUAUUGCAUAUCUGGAUUCGGUUUACUUCUUUCAGCCCAAACAGUAUCGCACUGAUGUUUAUCAUGAAAUUCUUAUCGGUUACCUGCACUAUGCUAAGAAACAGGGCUUUGCCAAUGCUCAUAUUUGGGCCUGUCCACCUGGUGAGGGUGAUGACUACAUCUUUCAUAUGCACCCACCUGACCAGAAAAUUCCAAAGCCUAAACGGCUUCAAGAUUGGUAUCGCAAGAUGCUUCAAAAGGCGCAUAAUGAACGUAUUGUUGUGGACUAUAACAACAUCUAUCAAGAUGCUGUGGACACUAAUUGCCUUUCCCCCGUAGACGUUCCUUACUUUGAUGGCGACCUUUGGCCUAAUACGCUGGAGGAACUCUUAAAACCCGCUGUGGAAAGCCGUCGUAAGUUUCGCGAGGAGGAAGAGUUGCUUCGAACUGAGGUGGAUGACUAUGCUGAUGGCGUGGAUGAUGAUGGCGACAGUAACCAGGGUAGUUUUGACUCUGAUCGGAAGCCUGGUAGUGCUGGAAGCGGAAGUGUUUGUAUGAAUGGUAUUGAAAAUAGGAAAAAGACUAAAAAACGCAAGAUGAAGCGUGCCGCCUCAUCCCUAAGUAUUCAUGGUGGCAGUAAGAGAAAAAGGCUUUCAGCCGCUGCAGCCAGCGGAGAUACGGAGGCGGAGGUGCAGCGGAGACUUGAGGAAAUGUUGCAGCGUCAUUCUGAGGCCUUCCUUACAAUUAACCUACAUUCUCGUAGUCAAAUAGCAAGUCUUCAACCUAUCAAAGAUCCGGAUCCCCUUUUUGCAUCCGAGCUAAUGGAGUGUCGAGACACGUUUUUGAGCCGCGCUCGGGAACGUCACCUAGAGUUUUCUUCUCUUCGACGGGCAAAGUUCUCCACUCUUGCUUUUUUGUACGACAUCCACACGGAGAACAAAGACGCGUUUAUCUACAGUUGCAAUAGUUGUCAAAAGGAAAUUGAAGCACCGAGGCAGUGUAAACAGUGCCCUAACUAUUUCCUCUGCGAGGAUUGCUUCAAGGCGUAUGGUCAUCGACAUCCGAUGGAAAAGAUCGUUUUGAGUGACGACAAUGGCAGCACAGCAGCAGUUCAACAGUCCGACCGGCUGAAGAUGGAGCGCUGUGUGGAACUUUUGAAACACACCUCAAGCUGCAGGGAUGCUAAUUGUCGCAACCAAGCUUGUCGGGAUAUGAAGCGUCGAUUGGGUCACUUUAUGACUCAGCAUGAUCGCAGUAAAUGCUUCUGGUGUCGGCAGAUACAUAGGAUCCUAUCUGCUCAUUCCACAAAGUGUAAUGAUUCUAAUUGUCAGGUUAUGUACUGCGCACAUUACAAGGCUGUUAAGAAACAACAGGAAUCACAACAGCGCUUGAGGAAAUUGCAAACUCUUCGUCGUAGACAAAAGACCAUGCAGUGUUCUCACAACAUAAAAACACCCCAACAACCGAACACUCCACAGUCCAUUGCUAUUACAAAUAUUUCUAGUGGUGCCGCUCCACAACUGGUGGCUUCCACGGCUAGCCCCACAGUAUUUAAUGCACCAAGUUCCUCCGAACCUCCCCAUAGUUUUUCUUCACAGACGUCUCUGACUUCCCCACAUUCCGUGUCGAAUUCACGGAGCUCCCCAUCGAAGCCAACCUCGGCAUCGGCCCACCCCACUGCUCUGCAGUAUUCUCACUCUUCGCCUUACCAACAUGCGCCGCAUGCUUCUCCGUUAUCCGUGACCGCCACAAAGAGUUUAAGCAGUCACCAGACGCUUCAUCUCACCUCUCCAGCUGACUACCACCAAGCUGCAUCAGUGGCGUCUCCGUACGCUCACCAACCUCUAUAUCAGCAACAACAGUCUCAGAUGGUGCAGCAGCAUCAAGUGCACCCGCCUCAAACCCAACAAACCAGGAGCUAUUCUACUGAGGCAGGCUUUGUCCGGCAAGGCAACAAUUCGACUAGUAACUUCUAUGAAAAUGGUCAAUCAUCCUGCAUUAGAAAUCCUAUGGUUGCUGCGAGCCCUCGCAUGCCUUACCAGGCGCCUGUUCCGGAUAAUGAAGACGUAUACCCUAUGUCAGCAGCUGCAGUGAAGCGACCUUUUUUCGGCGAGUGUGAUGUGAUGUCCGCUGGUGCUGUAACCGCAAGCAUGUACGCUAUGGGUGGUGGAGGUCAAAGUUUGAAGCAAUCGCGUUUAGUGAUGCCACCACAUCCCCAACAAACGAGUUUGCAAAGUUCUGCUCCAGAGCAACAGCAGCAGUCGAUGCACUGGGCUGGUGUUACCGUGACAAAUGGGCAAAUUAUGCCACCUAUUUCGAUCACUGGUGGCAAAGUGGCUCAAAUGGGUCCUGUGAGGCCACAGCAACCUUUAUCUACUCAAACUACUACGUCGCCUUCAUAUCUGGUAAAUAUGUCGAAUCAGCCUCCAUCUUCGGCAGAGGUAGAAAUGGUACUCUCUGCGAGACGCAGUACCGCAAACGAAAUGGAGUAUUCGACUCAGCAGCCUAUGCCACAGCAGUUGAUGCGCGGCAGUGUUGGCUUUCUUUCUACACCACAGCAACAGCGGUUGGUGCAACAAAACCAAAACACGUCUAAUCCUUGGCCUAUGCAGCAGCAACCACAAGCACCACAGGACCUCUGGGGUGUGCGUCAGUCGUGUUACGUUCCCCAGGGCAAAUUUCCCUGCGGUCAAAAUUUGCAACAGCAACAACAUCCGGUCAUGGCGACUAACCCCUACUCGACCUCUGCAUUUCCUCCCCGCUAUCCCUCACCCAUUUUCUCCUCCACAGGUCCUGGUGGUAUGCUGAGAGCUCCAGUUGCCCAGCAACGAAUGCCCACGCCAGCACCGGUCUCACCCAGGCCCCCUCCACCACCUUACGGCCCUCAACAACAGCAACAGCCCUCUUUGAUGCUUUCACAACUACUUGUUCAACCGCAUUCACAACUGCAGCAGCAUCAACAAUUACUACAGAGGCCACUGCAGGACUGCACGUCCCAGCCACAGCCUCCCCCACCCCCACAACAACAGCAAAUAUCUCGUUAA